AUGCUGCCUCAGUCUGGUGUGGAAACCGCGCGGAGUAUACGCGAGAGGGAGAGCGGCAGCAGUAGCAGCAGUAGCGGCAGCAGCUGCUGCUUAGAGGGCAUCCCUCUUUCCUGCCUCCGCGAGGCCAUGGCCAAAGUUUCGGUUCUGAACGUAUCGGUGCUGGAGAACCCGAGCCCUUUCCACAGCCCCUUUCAGUUCGAGAUAAGCUUCGAGUGCAGCGAGGCCUUGGCAGACGACCUAGAAUGGAAAAUCAUUUAUGUGGGUUCAGCAGAGAGUGAGGAGUUUGACCAGAUACUAGACUCAGUACUGGUAGGGCCAGUCCCAGCAGGGCGACACAUGUUUGUCUUUCAGGCAGAUGCCCCUAAUGCCUCCCUAAUCCCAGAAAGUGAUGCAGUGGGUGUAACUGUGGUCCUUAUAACCUGUACCUACCAUGGACAAGAGUUCAUCAGAGUUGGCUACUAUGUCAAUAAUGAAUAUACAAACCCUGAACUUCGGGAGAACCCACCUCUGAAACCAGACUUCUCUCAGCUUCAGCGAAACAUCUUGGCUUCUAAUCCCAGAGUAACUCGAUUCCAUAUCAACUGGGACAGUACCACAGACAAAUUGGAGGACAUUGAAAACCAAGACCCUGUCUUAAAUAUGGGACUACCACUGAGUUGUCCCCCUACCAAAGGUCUAGAUCUUCCAGACCGUGUUCCCAGUAUCAUUCCUGAAAACUCCAUGGACUGCAUCUAACUAGGAGAAAAUAAGGCCAAGGCAGUAUGAUGGACCUGGAUCUCUGCCAAAUGAAUGGUUUUUUUGUUCUGCCUUCUGGAAAGUUUUAGGGGCAAGCCUGGAGGACUUGGAUUAGAGCUCUAAACUGUAUCUUAUAAGCCAGUGAAACUGGUCCUUAUGGGAAGGAAAACCUGUCAUUGGUAUGUCCAUUAGUUCAACACAGAGAGAUUGUUUACCUGUUUUCUUACAGGUUUGCAGAACAGAUGAUACUUUAGCUCUUUUACUCAUUGUGAGUUUUGCCUUUCCUCUUAGCCUUUUUGGGAACUAUAACUCUGCAGAGAUAUUAAUUUUGUGGGUGGGUUUUUCUUUUUUUUUUUUUCUGCUUAUAGAUUUCCUAACCUAUAACUGGAGAUUCCCCCUCUUCCCCCCCCCCCCCCAUUUUGUGUUAUUUCCUUAGUUUCUUCACCUUCCCAACUAUCUUCAAUCAAUGAUUUGCCCUGACUUUCUGGGGGUACUUGUUAAUAAUCUUGGUGGGAUUUGGGCUCCAGCAAUUUUGAUAAAUGUCUCUUUGUAUGUCAAUUGCCGCUCUUUCCCCAAUUGGAAUUUCUUAUUCCUGCCUCCAUCUUGCCAACUUCUGGAAAGGCCCAUUCCCUUAGGUGCCAAGAAUGAAGUUUUGAAGGACUAUUUAAAGACGAGGCCAUCCUCUUCCUUUUUAUUGGUGGCAAUUCGACUCAGACAUUCAUUCAGCUCUUGGCUGGAUCAGAGGAUAUGAUCAAGAACUAAUCAACUGAUUUUCUCUGGGCAGGAAUAACUGCAAACCAUAUCCCCAUAUCCCUUAACUCUAGGAGUUAAUGCCAAAAGGUUGCACUUAACCUCUUCUGAGGCCAUAUGAUUUUUCAGGAGGAUAAGUUCUUGUGUUUUGGAGACAAAGGAAAAGAGGGUACUGUGCACAUGGAAGCAUCCCUUAAGCCCUCAGUUCUUUCCCUCUAAUCUAUUGUUCCUAUGGCUAUUGUUGCAUAUGUAAUUUGUAUAUUAAAGGUUUUUUAAAUUAAAAGUUAUGGUAAUUGGAGAAAUAAAAAGCACUUAGGCUGGA